CCGCGCCAGGGUUCACGCGAGACGCACGCGGCCCACGAUCGUGUCACUAAAAAUAAUAAAAUGAAUAAAAGCCAGUGAAUGUAACAGAAUUUUGACAGUGGUUCCACUCGAUUUGGCGUUUAGCAUCGAAAUCAGCGGCCCUCCGAUGCUGUCCGGCUGAAACAGAUUCGUUUCAACAUUGUUUUCGCGUCCUCAAACAACGAAUCAUCACCAAAACUCCAUAUAAAGUAGAAUAAAGAUUCAAAAAUAAUGUGCGACGCGGCAGUACGUGUGUCUGCUCCCGUAGCGCGUUCGGUAACCUUCGGCAGUUUCCGUCAAAGCUGUCAAUGAGACAGCGCUAUGGCGGAGAAAGUCAGCUGAUCGGAAAGUCGCCCGCGCCGGCCUCGCAGCAAGAGGCGAAUUAAGCGCAUCAUGCAGGUGUUUGGCGAAUGGGCUCAGGUGGAGGUGGUGGAGCUGGUGAACGAUGGGUCGGGGCUGGCGUUCGGCAUCGUGGGCGGCCGCUCCUCCGGCGUGGUCGUCAAGAGUGUGCUGCCCGGCGGAGUCGCUGACAGGGACGGUAGACUCCGCAGUGGCGACAUGCUCCUGCGCAUCGGCGCGGUGUCCGUGGUGGGGAUGUGCGCGCGGCAGGCGGCGGCCGUGCUGCGGCAGUGCGGCGCAUGCGUGAGACUGCUUGUUGCGAGGCCGGCCGCGGCCAGUGGCGUGCCCAUACCUGAUACACGGCAGAAUAUACAGCCUCUAGGUGCACCACCAGCGCCAGUAGUACCGUCCCGCCUGCUAGCAGACCCGAUAGAGCUGGAGCGGCGGCUGUCGGAGGCUGGCCACGAUGGGUUCGGAGCACUCUGCGAGGAUACGUCACCACCUUCUCCGCCUCCCACCAUCAUUGAGGAGCGGCUGCAUCAUCGGCCGGUGGCGUCAAUAGUAGCGGUGGUGCCACGUGGCGCGCUGGCUCCGUCUCCCCGACCUCCUGCCAUCGUGCAGCCGCCGCCGCAGCCACAACCACCACCUCUCAGGUUGCCCCUGGACAUGGCAGUGCGCGGCACGGGCGAGCCGGAGACGCUCAGCUACGACGUCGAGCUGAACAAGGACUCCGCGCUAGGACUCGGCAUCACCGUCGCUGGAUACGUUUGUGAACAAGAGGAACUGAGCGGUAUCUUCGUAAAGAGUAUCAGUGAGGGCAGCUCAGCAGAUCUUUGCGGGAAGAUACAGGUCAACGACAGGAUUGUAGAGGUGGACGGUGUCUCCUUGCAUGGAGUGACGAACCAUCGUGCUGUAGCGUUAUUGCGGGAUGCUAAGGGACCUGUAGUACGACUGAAAGCUCUUAGGUAUCUUCGCGGGGCGGGGUUUGAGAAGCUGCAGAAGGCGCUAGCAGCUCAAGAUGGUAGGAGGUCACCGAUUGCACCACCCAGUCCUUCUGUUACGUCUCUCGCCAAGUAUAGCUUUAGUGUGUACGACGAAUCAACAGUGAUAGAAGCGGAACCGGAGUCAGAGAUCCAGCCUCACCUUCCCUCCCCGAUGUCGCCCUCCGAGGAGGCGAAGAUUGUGAUAGGAAGGGACGAUGAGGUGUCGGAGAGGGAGGCGCGACGUAUACAGGACAAGUGGCGGGACAUACUGAAGCAGGAGACAGAUUGGCCUGGACACCAGUACCAGUAUGAUAUUGUGGUGGGCACAAUAAUGAAAGAGAAGGACAGUGGUCUGGGCAUCUCCCUAGAAGGCACAGUGCGCGUGGUGGCUGGCAAGGAGGUGCAGGCCAGACACUACAUCCGAGCCAUCGCGCCUAAUGGACCCGUGGCCAGACUCGGCAUGUACAGGGUUGGGGAUGAACUGCUUGAGGUGAAUGGUUGGCGAGUACUAGGCGCGCAUCACGUGGAGGUGGUGACGAGACUACGAGCCGUGACGUCACCCGUCAUACUGGUGGUAGUCAGGAAGAGAGACCAACUGCACCACACCAACAAUGACCGACUGCCUGAUGCUGGGUUUGCGAGGAGUAACAUCCUGGGAGGCAGCUUACAGGACCUGCUGAGUCCACCUCAGCGGUUGAUCAAGGCGAAGUCAGAGAGCUCAGUGGCGUCGCUGUGUAGCGCUACUACUGUCAUGUCUGCUCCACAUGACCACGAUGAGUUCUGUUCAGAAGACCUGGAACGCGUUAGAUCAAGGUCCUUAGAACCAUUGAGUGGACUGGCGAUGUGGAGCGACCAUGUCGAGUACAUACAGCUGCUGAAGGAGGACAGGGGACUCGGGUUCUCUAUACUGGAUUAUUUGGACCCGUCGGAGGCCGGCAGUUCAGUGAUAGUGGUGCGGUCGGUGGUGUGUGGGGGCGCGGCGGCGCGCGACGGGCGGCUGGCGCCGGGCGACCGCCUCGUGUCCGUCAACGGCCGCCACCUCGCGCGCGCGCCGCUCGCCGCCGCCGUCGCCGCCAUCAAGGCUGCCCCGCCGGGAAUAGUAACAAUCGGGAUAUCGAAGCCGUUACCCUGUAGCACUGUGGUUGGUGGCGAGAAGGCGAACGGACAUAGCAUACAAGGAAGCCAGGAAUGCAUCAAUUCCCUGGCAUCUGAUGACCACACUGGCAUGGAUUCCUUCCACGAAUGUCUGCAGGAAUAUGGAGAAGGUCUCGAAGUAGUACAAAUAUGCCUCGAACCUGAAGAAGCCUCCAUAAAAGAUGAUGAACUAUCUGCCUUAGGAGAUAUAAGCCUCGAUGACUGCAAGAAAAUUGAAAAUGAUUUUAAUAUAAAUGGUACAACUGAGAUUAAAAUUAACGGAGUCGCAGAAAUGAAGUUUUCGAAGUCAGAAGAGUCUUUAGAUGAUCAUGAUGAUGAUAUGACAAUAACUGAAGAUGAUGUCUUAGUCGCGCCUAGAGAACUACAGGAUACCAGAAGUAAGUCUGCUGAUAGAAAAGAAGAUGGAGAAAGAUGUUUAUCCAAGCAACAAAGUAAAGAUAUUUCCACAUCGGAUGAAAUGGUAUUUGCAGUUACACCGACUGGAUUAGAAAGAAUAAGUUUCGACAAAUAUUGGAAGGAGAGCGACGUGAAAAUAGACACCGAAUUAUCUAAAGUGAAGAGCGAUGAAAGUUGGAAAGAGUGCCUCAAUUCCCCAAACGAAGACACCGUUAGUUUCUACGAUGCGACCACAAGAAUUUCCGUCCAGGAAGAAAAUAAUUCCCUUCUGUAUAUAGAUCAUGAGAUAGACGGUUACGAAACAUGUCUGGACGAAGACUCGUCAUCACAGAAUUGUACAGUAAAAAACGGUCGUAAAAUGAACGGCGAUACUGACAUCAAAGAGUUCAGUAAACACGAUGAUAAAAUAGUAUUUAAAAACAAAGACAACGAUGUAAGUGCCAAAACAGUAAAGCAACAGAACACUGCCAAUGCGACGGGUGGCGACGACGUCUCGUACAGCCGCCCGUACGUCCACGAACAUAUAAUAAAGCAGAUGAAAUCAUUGAGAAUAGAACCAUUAAACGUAAACAUUACUCAUAAAAAGAAGAAGAAAGAAAGGAGUCCCACGAAACCGUCCAAACAAGAGAGGAUACAAUGCGUCGAAUACUACAACGACCAAGCUGAAUGCUUGAAAGAAAUACGACAGAAGAAGUUGGAAGAAGAGAAAAAGCACAAAGCGGAGCACAAACAUAAAGAGAAGAAGCACACAGACGAACACAAGCACAAAGAACAUAAGCACAAAGAAGAAAAGAAGACGAAAGAAGACAAGAGAAGUAAAGAAACGAGUUUAAUGGUUAUGGAUAAGAAGAUACAUUUAACACAGGAACCUAGUGAAGAGUCUACUGAUUUGGAGACGAACUAUGUUCCGGGGUGUCACAAGUGUUUCUUAGAAAACUAUGCGUAUGCUAUAACUAAAGCAUACAUGGCUGAGGCAAAUGCGUGUAAAUAUUGUGAAGUGAUUAGAGAGAUGUUGGAAGUGCCUAAGAACUCUAACCGGCGUGGGUCAGCACCAGCGCUGGUGAACUUGGACAGCUGUUCAGAGACUGAAGAUGAAGACCUACUUAUGGUGCCGAUAGUGAAGGAUAGGAGGAAAUCAGCUGGGAUUUUAAAGUUCCCUAACGCUGCAAGAAGACCUAGCUACGCCCCACCGACGAUGACGGUGACAGUAUCAGCCGACAGGCGGUCGGACGCGCUGGCGGCGCAGCGGUGGGGCUCGCCGCGACAGGUCACACUCAAGCGGAGCCCUGGCGCUCCACUGGGCGUCAGUAUUGUUGGUGGCAAGGUUGACAUAAUCUCAAAUCGUGAUGGCGAGGAAGGUGAAGAGAAGGCUAUAUUCGGGAUCUUCAUCAAAAACGUGGUGCCUGGCAGUCCAGCGGGGAACUGUGGGGAGUUACAAUCGGAAAGUCAUCGAAUGACUGCUCCCGCGUGGGUGAGACGGGAGGGAAUGUCAGACUCUUACUGA